AUGGCGUUAUAAAUAAUAUUUAUCUUUUUUUCCAAUAUAUACUGUAUCCUAAUUACUAAUUCGAGAUGGAAAAGAGUGAAAGAAAUGGUUCAAGUACCACAGAAAAAUCUAAAGUUAAUUUUCCUGGAGAAGUUGCGCAAAACAUAGAAUCUUCAACUCCUUCAACAUUGGCAUGUUUUCAAGAAGUUCCAUCUAACAGUAGUAGAUCUGACAGAGAUGCAGUCGUUCGUCAAAAAACGCCAAUAAACACAAAUUUAGAGGAACUGUCUUCAAGAAUCCCUAUACAAACAGACACAAGUGAGAACCGUUAUGAAACUUUGAAAUCUGGUCCAGAAGAAAUGGAUGCUGUGAAGGGCUUUGAUAACCCAUCUAAAUGUUCUACUCAACUCCAAAAAACUUCGAAUGAUAAAAAUAACAUUGUUGGAUUUCAUCAAGGACUACCUGCAGUAACAAACAUGACAACAAAUUUUCCUAAACGGAUUACAUCAGUUUCUAAUUCAACAACGACCAACACAAGUAUUAAAUCAAGAGUUUUGAAAGUAAAUCAAGAAACACUAGGGGAAACACCUAGUACAGACAGAAGUAUUCCAACUACUUCAAGAUUUCCUCAAAAAGCAGAGGAUGCUUCAAGUGAUGUCAGUUUGAGAACAACAGCAGUCACAAAUAUCACAGUGUCUGUUAGUGAUUCAUCUUGCACAGGAGUUAUUCAAGGACCAACUGUACAUAAAUUAUCAAACACAGAACGGAGUGAAACAACUGGUAUUGCUCACAAGAAUUCUAAUUUGAAUGAAUGUCAAGGACCAACCAUAACACCACUGAUUAAAAGUAAUGAAAAUCCAUCAGUAUUGAUGAGAAGCAAAGAAAGUAGUAUAUCAGCUGCAGCAGCUACUCAUGGGAGAGAAACAACAAAACCUCCAUGUGACGCCACAAAUGUUGCAACAUGCAGUCAUAAAAGUCCUUUGAACUCUAAUCAAGUAACUCUUGCUGGAGAUAUAAACCAGCCAGCUUGUGAUGUACCUCCUACUUUUACCAAUGUGACAAGUCAAAACACUAGCAAUGAAACAUCCUUACCAAGACCUGGAGAUAAGAGAAAAUUAACUGAAAAAACACCUCAGUUGAAUAUUGAAAGAGAUCAGGAUUUAGCAACAGAGAAGACUGUGGAUGGGAAUGGAAAUCCUCCAAAGAAAACUAAGAAAAGACAUGUACCAGACAUGCAUGUAGAAGCAGAAUGGAGCCUAGAUGAGCAGAAGAAACUCCUUGAAGCCCUACAAACUGAUAAAGGUAGAAGAUGGUGGGGCCGACUUGCUGCAAAUGUUGGUACAAAAAAUGUUGACCAGGUGAAACACUACAUGGAAAUACUCAGAGCUCAAACAACUGGUACACAACCUAUUCAUCUUGAAGAGGUUGAUAAUCCAUUGCAGGCAUGGAUACUUGCUUGUGAACGGCUUAUUAAUUGCCAGGAUGAUGUUGAUGCCAAGUGUAUUCCACAGGUAAUGACAAUAGCAGCUGUUGAACCCUCAUCUUUGCAAGGACCAGCAACAGGUCCUAACUACAACAGAAUUUACACUUUUCUAAGUGGUGUUCUUAGAGGUCAACCAGCAGUUGCAUUGUCCCCAGUUGAUGCAAAAGUGGUGUUGGAACUCCUGCACAGUCUGGAAAUCAAAGUAUCUUCAGUCAAUUCAUCAGAGCAGGUCAACUUUCUUAGAACUAAAUUCAAAAACAUCACCACAGAUCUUGAACAAGAACAAUUUAUGUUUGCUAUUGAAGAACUUCAACAUGAGAUCAAGCAAGGUGAAGUUCAAAGAGCCCAGGGUUCACACAGUAAUUCAGAUGCUCAGAAACCAAUAGAAAGAGAUGCAAGGAACAGCAGAAGAAGCGAACAUUCUACAGGGCAGUCAUCACUUAAUCCAAUCAAUGUGCCAGUCUCACUUUUGAACUUGGUAAACAAAAGUAAACCAUCACAAAAACAAUAAGAAAAAUAAAAGCAUUCAUUAUCCAGUAUGUAUAUUCAUUUCUUCUGACACAUGGUAAUAUUUGUAAGAGAAGGAUUUGUACUGUGAUGUUUUGGACAUGUACAUGUAAAGGUCACUUUUUUAGUAUAUUUGAAAGAAAGAAACAACAUAUCUAUUUUCAUUAAAGAUGCAUUUUUUUAUUAUUAUUUACACAACAUGCUAUUGUAUUUACAAUGUACAGGCUAUUUUUUGUUUCCUUUGUGGUUUUGGGUUGCUAUAUCCACAGGGAUCCCAAAUGUCACAGAAAUAAAAAGGUCUUCAGAGGACUGGCCUGAUGUUACAAAUAUAACUAGGGUUAUUAUAGUAUUUUCACAGUUAUUUCUUAUUUCUUCAAAAUAUCCAUGAUUAAAGGCAUUAUUUCAGUAA